AAUAGCAUCAAACCUUCCCCUCCUUAGAAAAAAUGGCUUGUAGUCAUUACACAUCUUUCUUUCUCAUCGUCAUUCCUCUUCUCUUGACCUUCUGUAUUGGUAUUUGUUUCGCUGAAAAUGGCCAAAAGACAGUCGGCAGCUGGCUAGAGAUCGCAAGCCCAGAUGAUCCUGCGGUGAUAGAGGUGGGUCAGUUUGCAGUUGAUCAACACAACAAAGAUACGAAUAGCACAUUGAAGUUUCAAAGUGUAGUCAAAGGUGAUACUCAGAUUGUAGGUGGCAUGAAUUGGAGGCUAACGAUUGAGGUCAAAGAUGAUAACUCAACCAAGAACUGCGAGGCUUAUGUUUACGAACAACCAUUGCAAAAAGUUAGGAAACUCAUUUCUUUUACAACCCUUUAACCAUGCAACAAUGUUUCUCAGAAUCCUUUAAUCAACAACCUUAAAGUUUUAUAUUUAUAUGUAGUAGUGGAGGAUACAAAUGUUAAUUAGUUUAGUUUAUCUUUUUAUCAUUAGCUAUAUCUAAUGGUUAUGGAAAUUUUUUGAUAUAAACUCUCAAUGAAAAUUUAGUGUCGCUUUUUUU